AUUUCCAAGUAUUCGAGAUUCAAUUAGAUUCUAAAAAAUUAUUCGAUUCGAUUCUGAAAUCAGAAGGUAUUCGAAAAUGCCCAGCCCUAGUCACGACACAGAACUGGUUUAUGAAAAAUGAUUGUUUCAUAUAAGUCAUUUAAUUAUGCCAUUAUAAAAGUAUUACAUGUCGUUUAUUAUUUGAGCUUAUCCUUGGAUCGCGGGAUUUUAUAAAAUUUAUUUUUAAAAAAAUUGGGUCGUUUGAAGAAAAGGUUGGUAACCACUGAUUCAGAUCUCUGGUUGACAACCAGAUUUGACUCUAAUUCCAAACUAUAUUUUCCCCUUGGCUAACAAACUUUUUUAAUUUGAAAAAAUUGGAUUUUAUGAAUCAUUGUUAAUUUGAAUUUAGACAUUUUGACCCAGAAAGUUUUUUAUUUAAAAGUCUACAAUUUUCAUAUCUGAGCUAAAAAAUAACCUGGUAUUGACAGAAAAUUUGACUCCCCUCCAUUUGAAAAUUACCUGCUGCUCCUUGCUUUGGGGGUUCCAUCAAUCUGAUCUUGGUCAAUAUUAUAUUUUUUUUGAAGAAUUCACAUCAAUGAAUCUUGGAUUCUGAUGAAUAUUUGGUCAUUUUUUCUGUUCCUAAUAUUGAAAAAUUUGUUUUCAAAUUCAAAAUAUCUUAAUAUUUUCACAAUAUAUUUUCACACUCUGGUUUAUAUUUUUUAUGGCCAUGUUUAGUUGAAAUGCUUGAGAGGUUGCAUUGUCACAUGAGUGCAGCAGUGAACAGGUAGUUAUUUUCUGGCAUGCUUGAUUGCUUCUUUGUUUUUUCUUCUUGAAUAUUUUUAUCAAAGUGUCAUGUUAAUGUUAGGUGUAUUUGUCAUGGUAUAAGGUCUAUUCCAUCACCUAUACCAGGGCUACUCAACUAUUUUUAUCGAAGGUCCGCAAACAAAACUUCAAAAUUAUUUGGGUCCGGUCUUUCCAGAAAUGAUAUUUCGGCAUCCUUAAACGAGCACUUCCUCGACCCUGCUGUUUCUACUAAUGAUUAGUAGAAAAUUAAAAUUGUUUAUUAUGGUGUUAUAGUUCUUUUCGUAUAUAUUCAAAACUAUGGAAGUCAUUUUAUAAUAGGAAAUUCAAAAAGUGGGGCUAAUGAUCCAAAAUAAAUAAUUAGGUGCGGUCCAAAUCCAAUACUCGAAAGGUUCGGAUUCGGACCGCGGUCCGCCAGUUGAGUAGCCCUGACCUAUACUAUCGAGAAAUUUUCAGAAUAUGGACCAGAAUAUACAAUAUCCUUUAUUCAUCUAAAGAUUUUGAAUUGGGAAAUUGAUUCUGAAUUGUAAUAUGUGAACUAUAGAUAGGGUGUUAAAUUGCAAAGGGAAUUCAUCGAUACCAUAUAUUGUUUUGGCCCUCACAGAUGUAUCACUGAAUUAAAAACAGAAUAUACUGAGAACUGACUUCAUAACAAAUUUGAAAUUGUAAAGGGACUUCAUAGACAUCCUGAAUAAUAAAUGGUUGACAUAUCAGUCAAAUGUCUGUGACUUUAUUUGUGCAUAUGUAUUUGACACUUCAUUGGCCGUGUGUGCUUGGUAUACCAAUAAAUAUAAGUUAGCUUGCAUUCAUUUGGUUGCAUUGAAAUUACAUAGACUCCUUGCCAUUAUCUCAUUUUCUGAGUUUUUGAAUUCAAUGGAAUAUUGUUAAUUAUAUAUUUCUAUGAUUAUUUUUUUCAUCCGUUAAUAUAAAGUCAGUGGUUUCCAUUCGACUGCCGGAAUAUUCAAUUCUUAAAAUUAUUGGUUGAUCAUUUAUAUGACAUGUUUUCACUCCUUUAUUUUGAGUUCUUUGACAAACAGUAAAUCCCAAAAAGUUAGCAAACAUUGCCCCAAUGUUUUCAUGUUAUUGCUUGGAUCGUAAAUAUAAAUUUUGAGUCUUUAUAUUGAGUCCGGUUGUUCUCAAACUUUCUCGAUUUCCAACUCUUAGCUUCCACCUGUGGAUUGUGGCCAGUAGCUUGUCAAACUUUUCUGUGCCCAGGGUGAAUUUGGGAUAUUGCUGCCCCAUAUACAUAACUUCAAAAUCAAUUUGGGGGGUAAACAAAUUAUAGAUAAUGGUAUACAUGGGAAUGAAUCUUUUCAAGGUCAAGUAAGAGUGAAAUAUUUGUAAUAUUAUUAUUUAAAUCAUCAAACUGGGCAACAAACUUAUCCCUAUAACAUGCUACCUGGGACAGCUGCCCUUUUGCCCCCAUCCUAGACAUGCUACUGGUUGUUGGCCCCUCUUUGAUGGAAUCCUAUUGUGUUUAUAAUAUUGUUUCAAUAAUUAAAUUCAAGUGCCCUAUGACCCCUGAUUGUUAAAAAAUUGUUUUGAAAUUGAUUAUAUUAAACGCUCUGGAAGUAUGUGUACCAAGAUGACGCACAACCUGAACCCUAGCCUGGUAUACAUAACUAUGUUCAGGUUGUGCGCCAUCUUGGUACACAUACUUUGGGAGCACCUUAUAUUGUUAUGUGAUGAUGAUUUUAACUUGUUUCGUAUUUUCCAUUUCCUAUAAAUAUCCAUUAUAUUAUUACUUCUAUAAUCUCUGAAAUCUAACAGUUUUCGCCAUGUUUAAUUUUCUCAGAUGUGUUUUCUGAAAUUUAAAAAUACAUUUCGAUUUUUCCCGGGGAGAUAAAAAUGUCGAAUUUAGAAACUAGUUAUCGACGUUUGGAUUCAACUGAAGAGGAAGAUGGGGAGGGGGAUUCCCCUCCUGAUGGACAAGCAUUUCUGGUUCAUGUUCCUGAUGGAAAUAAAGCUCAAUGGCAUCACAUAGAAGAUUUAGACGCAUUCUUCACAAGGGUAUAUCAGUAUCAUCAAAAUCAUGGAUUUGGAUGUAUGAUGCUGCAACAGUGCUUUGAAUUAUUUCAAUUUGUCUUUGUAGUCGGAUUCGCAGCAUUUCUCGUUCGUUGUGUGAAAUACGAUGUUUUAUUCUAUGAUAAACCUAUAAAUGAAACUAAGGUUACACUCAGUGAUGCUGUUUAUACCGGACACCAGUGCUCGAAACGGAUUGGGGAGAACGCCCUUCUUGUAAUUGUUCUUCUCAUAGCUGCUGUAUUCUGGGGAGUUCGAGUUGUCAAAGUUUUGUACAAUUUUUUCAGAUUAACUGAGAUUAGAGCUUUCUACUCCACAGCGUUGCGUAUAAAACCAGCAGAUCUAGACAACAUAACAUGGCAUGAAGUUCAACGCAGACUCAUGAUGGUGCAGUCAGACCAACAAAUGUGUAUCCAUAAGCAGGAUUUGACUGAACUUGAUAUAUAUAAUAGAAUUCUCAGAUUCAAGAAUUACAUGAUAGCCAUGGUGAACAAGGAAGUGAUACCGAUGAAAUAUCGUGUCCCGGUUCUAGGAGAAUCUGUGUUCCUGACCCAAGGACUGAAGUUCAACAUUGAACUUAUCCUAUUCUGGGGACCGUGGUCUCUCUUUGCAAAUAAUUAUAAUUUAAAAGAAGAAUACAAACGCAGAUCAAAUCGAGAAGAACUUAUAAGUCGUCUUGGUAACCAGAUGUGGUGGGCUGGCUUCAUUAAUCUCUUGCUUUCUCCUGUUAUCUUCGUGUGGCAGAUUUUAUACUCUUUCUUCAGUUACGCUGAAAUUUUACGAAGGGAACCUGGAAGCUUUGGCGCCAGACGGUGGUCAAUGUAUUCAAGAUUAUAUCUGAGGCAUUUCAAUGAGUUAUCUCAUGAAUUCCAAGCCAGAUUGAACAGAGGAUACAGUCCUUCAACAAAAUAUAUGGAUUCCUUCAAUUCACCUGUAUUGACAAUUGUUGCAAAAAACACUGCUUUCUUAGUUGGAUCUGUACUUGCCGUUCUUCUAGUCUUGACUGUCUGGGACGAAGAUGUUCUCAGGGUGGAACAUGUUCUGACAACAAUAACUCUUUGCACCAUUAUCGUUACAAUCUGCCGAUCUUUUAUCCCUAAAGAGAACGCAGUUUCAUGCCCAGAACAGCUGAUGAAGAAAGUUUUAUCUCAAAUACAUUACGUGCCAAGCUCAUGGCAUGGUAGAGCUCAUACUAAUGAAGUCAGAAAUCAGUUUGCACAACUGUUCCAAUACAGAGCGGUCUACAUACUUGAAGAAGUUCUAUCUCCUUUGAUAACUCCAUUCUUACUGAUGUUUCCCAUGCGGAAUAGAGCACCACGGAUGAUUGAUUUCUUCCGUAAUUUCACGGUUGACAUAGCAGGAGUCGGCGAUGUCUGCUCCUUUGCUCAGAUGGAUGUAAGAAGGCAUGGAGAUCCAAAGUGGCAAGUAACUGAUGAACCAGAGGCUCCAACUCAGCCAGCUUUUAUAGCAGAGGGUGGAAAGAUAGAAUUGUCUCUCAUGCAUUUUGCUGUCACUAAUCCAAAAUGGAGACCACCACAACAAGAGAAUAAAUUUCUCAAUGAUUUAAAGACACAAGCUCAUAGAGAUGCUCUAUUACUCAGUAGGAAUGAUGCUGUGCAGAAUCCAUUGCUAACUUCGCUACAAUCACUGGGAUCAAUUGGUCUGCCGCAAGCCAGUUUUCUCCAUCACCCGGGCAUAAGUAUGAUGAGCACCUUGUCACCACAACAACCUACUGUAGCAAUGCAACAACAACAUUCUACAAUACAAGAAUCUGUCCCUCCAGAAAGCUUGACAUAUGAGGAGUCCAUGAUGACAUCAUCGUUUCCCCGGCAACAACAAACGACAACAGAAAGUCGAAAACAACCAAGAAAACCUCGUCUGGUAGGAGGGUCACAACAUGAAGGGAGCAUGGAAGAGAGUGGAUUAGGAUUAAUAACAAGUGUUAUAAAUGGCCAGCAAGGCCUUCCUGUCAACACCACUGAUAUGCAGCAAUCAACACGCCCUUCGCAGCAUGCAGUAUUUGGCAGUAUGAUUGGUGGAGAUAUUGGAGGCGGGUCAGUUUUCAGCCAAUCAAGAGGAUUUGAACUAACAGAACAAUCAAUGGUCGAAUUAGCUCCGGUUGAAAUGGGAAUAAGUGCUUUAUAUAUGCAUGAGCUCUACCAUAAUAAAAUGGUCCAAGCAGACAGAACGGCAAACUGGGAAUCUGUGGCUGACAAUUUGCGAUCUGGGAGUUACCAUAGCGAUAACAGCAAUGCAGGGCCAUCUAGUGGACAAUACAACACUCCUAGUGGACAAUAUGGUGCUUCUAGUGUCGACCCAAGUCGGCCAUUAUUGCAAAUAAAUCAAGAAAAUGCUCGGCCUCGAACUGGGAGUCAAAAUUAUAACACUUUGAACGCUUUUGGGGGUAACCAGACCCAACAAACUCAUUUUGGGGGGUACCAGGACCCUCAAAAAAGUGACUCCACGCAUAAUCACCACCAGCAACCUUUUAUGGCAAUGGGUCAUGGUAAUACUGUACCUGUUAGAACUUCUUAUUCUGACACUGCAGUGACCCAUGGGUCACAAGGUCAAAGGACAACGGGAAGUGUACUUCAGGAAGUCGGUGCAACUGAAAAUAUUGACCUGGACUCUGAUAGUGACGAAGCUCCACAAGAAUUUCAUUUACCAGUUGAACAGGAUUCUCCUCGGCUAGGAGAUUUGCCAUCACUUGGUGCUCCACCUAAUUAUGAAGAUGACAGAAAUAUGGGAAACAGUGGGGGUUAUCAACCCCCUCAGGCCUGAACUAAGUUUUUAGUGUUCAGCGAUAAAUUCUGAGUGUUCCUGAUAGAGGGCUAAAACUGAGUAAUUAGCUAUUAAUUCAAAGCAGUGGUUCCCAAACUCUAUUGACCGCGGGCCAAAAUUAGAAUCCGCAGGAUGUUUGCGGGCCGAAAUAAAAAGGUUUUUAUGUCGUAUUGCUUCAGAACUGGAAUAUUUCGUUCGACAAAGAGUUUGAUUCUUCUCAAUACAGAAAUACAAGUCUUCUUCGAACCUUUCUUAUGGCUUUUAUCUUUUUUAUGGCUGAAAACCGAAUUACUGCCUAUGUGAUCCUAACACCGGUACGUAUAAUUGAGAUACUUAUAUAAUCGAAAUGCUAUGAUAAACACGAGCUUAAACUGUGAUAAUGACAUAACAAUUGGAGGUUUUUAGAUUGCAAAAAGGAAGAAACAAAAUCUGUUUCACAGUUCCACUUAGACUCGGCGGGCCAUUUUAAAUCGUUACACGGGCCGGAUUUGGGAAUCCCUGAUUCAAAGUACCGGUACGUAAACUCUCAGUGUUUUGAUCACUUUUGGGUUUUCACAACUGCAACUCUCCUGCAAGGCCUUAAUAUUGAAUAUACAGUAUUCUGUAUUGGGUCAUAUUUAAUAUGUUUAAAGCACUUCUUAAGUGUGGGCUUGAGUGUCCCACUUAUUUUUUUCCUCUAAUAAUCAGUUCUAUUUUGGGCUAUUUCUAUUUCAUAUUUGUCAUAGGAAAAUUCUGUUUGGGUAAGAGUUCAAGGUCAUACGAGGUGCGGCUAAAAUGGAACGGGACUGACGUCACAGAUUGCGCAACACGAUUAACCAUCGGUAAUC